CCAUGUCCAUGGCGACAGCUCAGGGGACAUCUUGUGCCAUGGCUGUCGUGGGUGUUCCGCUUCGCACCGGCAACAAGUACCCGCCCCGGCUGACCAUGCGACGCGUCUUCAAUACGAAGUGCUUUCGCACGGAGCGCUACCGUCAUGAGAUCGCCAACCACUACCGCGACUACCAGAUACAGCAGCACCUCAAUCUCCAUCAGAAGCAUCCGCUGGCCCACCGCCACCGCCACCAAAGGAGGCGUCGCCGACUGGGACUGGCAGCGGAGGCAUCUAGAAUGUCCUCCUCAUUAGCACCAACGUAUGCGCAGCUGCGCGAUGUGUGGCCCACCCCUGUGCAGUACUUUCCAAGAUUCGACGAUACGUAUGCAGCCCGUGGACGGCUAACAAUUUGCUCAGGUGAGCCGCCCGAUGAGACCUACAACGACGCAGUGCGCCGAAUAAAGAGUUCCCAAAGCGUCGACCAGCUAAAGAAGCUUUGGAUCAGCAGCAGUGGGCAGCGACGUCGGCGCAAGACAUCGAACCGCAAUGAUGACAACGUCAGCGGGGAAGACGACGAAGACAGCCACGGCAACGGCAACGGCAACAGCAAGGGCACUGGCAGAAGCAGAAGCAGCGACCGAGAAGGCAGCCAUGUCAAUUAUAAUCUAAAUAUUUCUAAUAACCAGGUGGAAAACCUACAACGACAACCCCACAGAGAGAGAGUCGACUACUACACGUAUUUGCAACUGGCCAGCGGAUAUUACGAGCGAGGGUUGCACGCCAACAUCAAGUACUUGGAAUCGAUUGGCCAGCGUAAUGCAAUAAGGCGCACGUCGCAGUUGCAAACGCCGUCAUCUUUGGACCCAGUAGACCGUUCGGGGGAGCGACAAGCGGCGGAUCAGAAGUUGAACGCCAGAUUGGUCACGCUACUGAAGGGAUUGCGGCGCAAGGCAGCCAGUAGCUCGAAGAAGCGAGGGAAAAGUUGUCCGGCAGAUCCCAUCAGCGUGCAUAUAAGGCCCUUAAAACUAGCGGCAGACGAGUCGCAGGUUGGCGAAGCGGGAGCCGGUGAUCACAGGUCGGAAAUAACAAAUGCAGUAGGGCCGGCGUCCAGGAUUAUGUGUGAUUUGUAUGUCCAGCAGCAUCAUUCAAAGAUCAACAAGCAGGGGAGUACAGCGGAGCUAUCGGCAACGACGUUCGAUCAGCUGAAAAUAUACGAGAUCAUCGAUAACCUGAGCCAUCUCAGCUUGAGCGAUAGUAUCGAUACUCCGCACCUGCCGCAAAUCACGCUUACCGACUGCACCCAUCAGGUGGCGCUGUACAGCGCGAGUUUUGAUAUUGCCGCAACCAAUCAAUUGCAGAUACCCAACGAAGCCAGACCACCAACAUAGCCAGAGCAAAC